CCUUAGAAACAAACGGUGUCGUUUAACUUUCUAAUUUGCUCAGUUGGCAGGUACUUGUCUUCUAGUUCAUUGCGAAAUAUCAGAAGCAGAGCGGGUGUCAGUUUGGAAGGAGAUACCUGUACCUUACAUGAUAGAACACUCACCAAAGUACCACCAGGGGAUGCAAGACCCGGCUCUUCUUGAAGCCACGGCGUCCGAGCUGGCUCUCACCCUUGACCAAGAGUAUCAAAUGCACUUCUUCUGGACCAAAGACUCCACAGUUCUCUCGCUACGCAGUUACAUCUGGAUAACAUUGCUUUUAUUAUUAUUGAUAAUGACACAAUUUCACCUUUCUUUGUUGUUUUUUAGUUUUGUUUCCUUGAUCAUGGAAAUCCCUAUGGGGAAGAUUAGCCAUGGUAAAGGACUUUCAAAGGAAUCUGUCUUCAUGAUGAUGGCCUUUGCAGUGACAUUUGAGUGCCAGUGACCAAGCCAAUGCUGGAGGAGCUUCUGCAAUUGAUUGGUUACGUGAUUCAACAAAUGACCCCUGUAGGACCUAAUGGAUUUAUUUUAGGUGUAAACAGAUAUCC